AUGGGAAACUUAAACUGCUCACAAUUUUGCCAAAACACAGAAAGGAGCACAGAACUUGACCUAAAGCGUUCAAUUGUCCAAUCAUUUGCUCUCCCGAAAAAAAGCAUAGAAACUCAACAGCUAUUUAAUAAGUCAGAAAUAAAGCCUCAACAAGCACACCAAAUCAAUCAGCAAUCAGAAUCAACGAUCCCUGAAUCCAAAGACGAAAGCUUUGAUAUUAUCACUGACAUAGUUUUUAUGAUUUUCGUCAAGCCAAAAUUUACUUUAUCUUGCCAAGCUGCGUAUUUAUGAGCUAUAUAUAAAAUAUUUUCCAGACUAAAAAUUAAUUUAUGCUGUAAUUCAUAUAAAUUUAAAGCAAGAGCAUGAGAACUUAGCCCGAAAAAUUCAAAAUGCCUGGAGAAUCUAUUAUAAUGUCAAUCAAUAUCUGCAAUUCAGAAGCUACAGGAAAUCUAAUCAUGACUACUUUUCUUAUGAGUACAACAAAGAAACUGUUUCUCCAGCAGCUGGAAUAUUAAAGAGGAAAAAGAAAAAGCCUUACACAUAUGAUAACGGAGCCACUUAUAAAGGUGACUGGGUAGGUGGAUUUAGAGAUGGGUAUGGCAUCAUGAACUGGGUCGAUGGAUCAAAAUAUGAAGGAGAAUGAAGCUAUGGGUACCCAUUUGGAGCCGGAACAUUCAUAUAUAAAGGUGAAGACAUCUAUGAAGGCGAGUGGAUAAGUCCUUACGCCCAUGCCAGAUCAAAAAACAAUUCUUCACCUGAUGGUUAUCGUAAGAAAUAAUUAGUCUGACUAUACAAAAAGUGUAAAGAAGCCAAAAGCGGCCCAAGAUACUCCGAUGCCCACUUAAUAAAGCUUAAAAAUAUCGAAAAAAAUUACCAAAAAUUAUUAGAAAAUUUGCAAGAGCAUAAGGAGUUUGUUGAAACAUUAUUUGAUGACAAAUUCAGCAGGAAGUUUAAAGAAAAGACGUAUCCAGGGAAUUUAAAGUAUUUUGGAGAGCUUAAGGGAAAUGUGAGGGAAGGGAGAGGUAGGUGUAUAUGGGAUAAUGGAGACACAUAUGCUGGGCAAUGGAUAAAUGAUAAACAAAAUGGGAUAGGAAGAAACCUAUGGGUUGAUGGAACUGUAUAUACAGGAGGAUAUAAAGAUAACUUAAAGGAAGGGGUUGGGGAAUAUACGUGGAUUGAUGGGACCAAAUAUGCUGGGGAGUGGAAAAAUAAUGUAUUCCAUGGGUUAGGAAAAUACUCGUGGACUGAUGGACGUGAAUAUAUUGGGGAAUGGGAAAAUGGAAAGAAAAAUGGAUUUGGGGUGUUUACUUGGGCUGAUGGGAAAAAGUAUGCUGGAGAAUGGAGAGAUGGGAAAAAGCAUGGACCAGGAUACUCUACUAAUGACAAUGGAAAAUCGUCAAAAGCUGAGUGGGAUAGUGGAAAAAUUGUUAAAUAA